UUAGGGCAAUAUAGCCAGAGGGCAAAAUAUCCAAAACCAAGAGAGCCAGAGUCACUCGCACAGGCCACAGCUCCCGAGAACAACACCAACAAGGAAGAAGAAGAUGCGUACGCUCGGUGCUGCCUGCGCCUACCCUCUAGUACCCAUUUGGUGGAAAUGUAAGUACUUGAUGGUGGAUUGAAGAAAUUGAUGUCCCUUUUUCGUUUAUAUUCAUGGAAGAUGCCGGAUUGUUUCGUUUGAAUCGUGCCGUCAAGCAUCGGAUAAGUUGUUGUUUCCAUGCAAUGUGAGAGAGCAGCUUGCCAAAGCAAGAAGGAUGCAUAAGGGAUACCGACUCAAGGCUGGCUUUUGGGAAUCCAUUAAAUCCGGUAUUUUAAAUAACAACACCACACAAGUAGUAGAACCACCCUCCACGCUCCCGGAAGAGGAAGAAGAAGAACCUCUGCCCCAAGAAUUAGUUCUGAUUCAGAAGACUGAACCAGAUGGAACUGUUGAAGAAAUAAUAUUUUCUUCUGGUGGAGAUAUUGAUGUGUACGAUCUUCAAGCCCUUUGUGAUAAGGUUGGUUGGCCAAGGAGGCCGCUGUCGAAACUAGCUGCAGCUUUGAAAAAUAGCUACUUGGUUGCAACAUUGCAUUCAGUUCGGAAAUCACCUGGAUCAGAAGGGAAUUACCAGAAGAAGUUAAUUGGCAUGGCUCGAGCUACAUCAGAUCAUGCCUUCAAUGCCACAAUUUGGGAUGUCCUUGUUGAUCCCGGCUAUCAGGGCCAAGGCCUUGGGAAGGCUCUUGUUGAAAAGAUUAUACGAGCUCUUUUGCAGAGGGACAUCGGAAACAUUUCACUCUUUGCUGAUAGUCAGGUUGUGGAGUUCUAUCAAAAUUUGGGUUUUGAACCCGACCCGGAGGGCAUCAAAGGCAUGUUUUGGUACCCAAAGUAUUAGUUCUCACUAAAAAAGGUCAAGCUUGUAGCUUGUAUGUUAUUGUUUUAGAGAGCAAGUGGUAAAUCCGAUUGAAAAUUAUAUAAUUACCAAAUCUGUGGCUGUAUCUCUGUAUUUUUAUUCUGAACUGAAUUAUAUUUCGUUUGGUGCUUGAGAUUGUAUAAGUAAAUAUAUUUAAGGUUGUUGACAGAA